AUGAGACUCACCUCUCUGCUCGGGCUCCCUUUCGCGGCUGCUCUUGCUAGCGCAGCAGCACCUUUCAAGGGUUGCCAACACAAGGUGAAAGAGAGCAUUCAUGGUCCUCCCCGCGGAUGGUCCAGGCACUCUCCCGCGCCCAAGCAUCAUAUGCUCGAGCUCAAGAUCGCUUUGCCUCAGCCCAAGUUCCCGGAGCUCGAGCAGCAUCUCUGGGAGGUGAGCGACCCCAACCACGCACGUUAUGGGGCGCACCUGUCGAAGGAAGAAACCGACGCUCUCACGGCUCCCCAUCCCGAGACUUUGGACAUCGUCAAUGAAUGGCUUGCCUCAUUCGGCCUGGCGGAAGAAAGUCUCGGUCGUUCAUCUGCCAACGAUUGGGUCACUAUUCGUGUCCCAGUCGGCCUUGCCGAAGAGAUGCUAGAUACCACUUAUCACGUUUACAAGCACGCCAAGACCGGAGAGAGCAUUGUCCGGACCACGAGCUACAGUCUCCCAGAGAUCUUGCACGACCAUGUCGAUCUUAUUCAGCCUACGACCAUGUUCGCUCGUUUCAAGGCGUUCAAGAGCACGCUGCACUGGACCAACCAGGUGCAGCCUCCAGUCCCGAGCACAUCUAACGGGACGAUCACAGGGCCUGCAGGCAAUCAGGUUGAUGCAAGCUGCAACAGCACGGUCACGGUUUCAUGCUUGAAGCAGUUAUAUAAUGGAGUAGAUUACAACACGUCUGCCACGAACGGCAACAAGCUGGGUCUCACUGCUUACCUAGGCCAGUAUGCCAAUAACAUGGACCUUCAACAAUUCUACCAGCUUGAAAACCCAUCUGCUUACGGUUCAAACUACACUUUCGUUUCCAUUAACGGUGGACUGAACAACCAGAGCUAUGCGGCAGCAGGCAUUGAAGCUAACCUUGACACUCAAUUUGGUUUUGGACUCACAUGGCCCACUCCCGGAACGUUCUACUCGACCGCUGGCGAGCCCCCUUUCAUACCCGAUAUGGUGACGCCGACUGAUACGAACGAGCCAUACUCAUAUUGGCUCGACUAUGUUCUUUCGCAGCCUAUGCUUCCCCAAACGAUCUCUACCAGUUACGGUGACGAUGAGCAAACUGUCCCAUUCACCUACGCGACCCGUGUCUGCGCCGGCAUGGCAGUUCUUGGUGCUCGAGGAGUUUCUGUGUUGUUCUCCUCUGGUGAUUUUGGUGUUGGUGAUGGCGAUGCCAACCCUGCCACACAGAUAUGCUACUCCAACGACGGGCGCAAUGUCACGAAAUUUCUGCCUGAUUUCCCCGCUUCCUGUCCAUACGUGACGACUGUCGGCGGCACUGUCAAUAUUCCAGAGACUGCUGUGUUCUUCUCUGGUGGUGGCUUCAGUAAUUAUUUCGUUCGUCCUGCAUACCAAGAGGUUGCUGUCACAGAGUACCUAACAAAACUCGCUCCUGGUACCUAUGAGGGUCUCUUCACCCCCUAUGGGCGCGCCUAUCCCGAUGUGUCUGCACAGGGCCUGAACUUCCUUGUCGUUUACCAGAACCAGACGAUACACGUUGGAGGCACAUCCUGUUCUUCACCCACAUUCGCCUCGUUCGUUUCCAUGCUGAAUGACGCACGUAUUAAUGUCGGCAAAGCCCCUCUCGGUUUCCUUAACCCUUUCUUGUACUCCACUGGGUACACCGCGCUGAACGAUAUCACUGAGGGCAACAACCCAGGAUGUGGAACUCAGGGCUUCAAUGCCACCACUGGAUGGGAUCCUGUCACUGGCUUUGGGACACCCAAUUUCGAGAAGUUGAAGGCACUGGUCUUGAGCAUGCCCUAGAUGUGGUGGACGAAUGGACAAUCUAUGAUGUAUAUAAGUGUACAUCAUCAUGGGUAUAUUAAGGUUGUAACGCAAUAACUAGAGCUAUUUACCGGAAAGAGCACGCAACGUUCUCCCCUGCGAUGGACCGCGGCUUAUGAGCA